GUCUGUGUCAAUUGGGGAAUUAAAAUUAAUUUUCACAUAAACUUGACAGUUCGAUAAUUAUUUCCCCUCCAAGAAAUCAUCCGAAUGUCAAAUUUAAUUUUUUCGUGGUCCAAUUCAAAUUUGGGUAUUUUCGAUCAAGUAGGCGUUUGCCACCCACCUAACAUAUUUGUUAUGUUUUCCUUCAAAUUCGUUCGACAGUGUCUCGAGUAAAGCACGCAAACGAGAAAAUGCUUUCUCAAGCGGAAUUUUUGAUUGUUGUGCUAUUGACUAUUUAUUUUUUCCUGUACAAGUGCCGCGAUGAUAACUCCGAGUCGUUGAAAGUGUGUUUGUUUUCGUACAAUCCGGAACCCGGUAUAUGCAAAUACGCUGUCAGUGCUCCAUCUGCUUUGAUGACGAAAAUUUUAAAUCAGGAUCCCACAGCCAUCAAAGAGAACCUGCGUGUGUCUGUGCAGGUGUUCCGCAAGGUGAUAAGUUUGAUGCCUCAUAAGCGUUCGGGAUGGGAUCGAGAAAUAGAGCUCUCCGUGUUCUUGUACUGGAUCGCAGCUGGUACUAGUUAUCGGGUCGCAGGAGUAAGCUUUGACAUACCACGGGCAACAGUAAAGCGAAUUUGCCAUAAGAUGUUGGCUUUUGUGUUGGAUGUCCUGAUGAUGCAAGUUAUAAAAUAUCCAAAUGCGGAUGAAUUGGUGGAAAUUGCCAGAGGAUUUUGCAGCCGGGCAAAUUCGGGUAUAUUUGAACGUGCUGUCGGAGCGAUCGACGGAUCACAUGUGAAAAUUAAAUGCCCACCAUCACUACACGAUCAAUAUAUUAAUCGAAAACUAGACUACUCAAUCCAAUGCCAGGCGGUAUGUGAUUCCAAACACAAAUUCCUCGAUAUAUGUGUGGGAUACCCGGGAUCAGUGCAUGACACAAGAGUUAUGUACAACAGCCCUCUGUAUUAUCGGCGACUCUAUCCACCACCGGGAUAUUACUUGCUCGGGGACAGUGGUUACCCUUGCAGCAUUCAUCCGAUUGCUAUAAUUACACCUUUCAAAGAGACCGGCCGUCAGCGUCUAACUCCAAUGCAAAGAAAAUUCAACAACCUCCACAGCAAAGCCCGAAACAUUGUGGAGUGUGCAUUCGGGCAGAUGAAAAAUCGGUGGAGGAGCAUUUUUUACAAGACUCUGGAGCUACGCAUUGACAAUUGCGUGAGGGUCAUCGUAGCAUGUUGCGUGCUCCACAAUAUUUGCAUUGAUGAAAACGACAUAAUGGAGGCAGAAAGCAUCAUUGAAGACCAUGAAGAACUUGAAGGCAAUGCAGCGGCUUUUCAAGAGGGCGAGUUUCAACCUGUAAGAGACACCGGAGAAGGAAUUGCUUUUCGUCUGCAGCUUCUACAACAAAUCAUGGGCCCACGAAUGGAAGAUUGAUUUUAAAUUUGAAAGUAUUAUACAAUAUG